GUAGCUCACGGGUGGAGGUGUCCAUGGCGGCGGCAUAGAGCAGCCAGCCACCAACUACUUUAUCAAGGUGCUGAUAUAGGUCAGUGGCACCAUUCCUUCUCUCUCUGCUAGUCUGGGGUUAAUUGGAGGGGGGCAAGUUGUACCUUCAAUUUUGGCAAACUAAUUUGCUUAACCCUAACCCCGUGGACCGUGGUUCUGUGUUAGAUGCAUUGGAUGUGUCACUUCUGCGCUGUUUCACAUUAUCUCUGCUUCAAGAAACUAAGUCAAAGGCCAUGCCUGUGGGCUUUCUUGAUCCUGAGCUAAUGUCCCUGUCAAACAUAACAUCUAACAAAUUUUAUGUGGUGGAUUAUUUGGGAAAGGCCCUCAAUCAUUAUGCUAAGAAGGAGAUAAUUAUGUUUCCACAUAACCCCGGUGGCCACUGGAUUUUAGUGGUAAUUAUUCCAAAGUGGAGCAAGGUUUUGUGCUUCGAUUCACUCAGGUCCAAGGCACGUGAUCAUACCUUGUUGAAAGAAGUAAUUGAUGAGGCACUUCAUUCAUACCCAGUCAGGGGGAAGGGAAGUAAGAGCAUGACACAUGUCUCCAAGUUUCCAGAUUUUGAAGCUUUGACAAAUCCCAUCGACCAAUAUGUAAUGGUCAAGAUUCGAGAAAGGAUUGCCUCCUUCAUAAUAUCCCAGGUGAUCAACCCGAAUGGAGAGUUUCACUGCGACAAUCCAGGUCUUAAUUACGUUUGAACAAAAAAUGUCAAUUGUACUAUGAAAGAUGAACCAAGGGCAUGCAGGAUAUGAAACCUGCAAGAUAUGAAACCAUAUUAUGUUCUUGUGUAUGUAUUAAGUUUGAUCUUGUGCAAGAUGAUAAUGAACAUGUGCUGUUCUUGUACUAUGUAUG